UCUGUCUUCAAUGUACUUUUUUUUUACUUUUUUCUCUCUCUACCCCCGACGUACUCUCUCUCUCUCUCUCUCUCUCUCUUCCCAACGGAACCAGUUUGAAGGUGCAGAUCUACUCUCUUUCACUCUCUUGUUUCUCUCCCCCAACGAAUUAAGGUGAUCCAGAGAUAUGAAAAGACCGGAGGUGAUUUACAGAUGCCCGCCGUGUCUGGUGUAGAUUUUGGAAACUGAUCAACCCUGCCGACCUAAUUAGGGGUUGGUCUUUGGGUUAGUUCCACUGCAACUUCUUACUAUCACUGGGUUAGUAAAUCAGAGUUAUGGAAGGCCUACCAGAAGAAGUCCUGGCACUCUAUUGGUCUUUAUUUCUGCAAUCUCUACCAAGGGGAAAUCGAAAAAGAGUCCGCAGAGAUCUGGGUAUAGUAUGGGAGGUUACAUAGGUUUUCAUUAAUGAUCAAGGGGUGGGCUCUGGUGGGUUUGAGCCCACCCAAAAAAAGUGGGUUACAGAUUGGAGUAGCAUCAUCAGAACUCGCAGACCUUCUACCUAGUUUUCAUUCAUGAUCCAGGGGUGAGCGAGCCCACCCAAAAAAAAUGGGUUAUAAAUUGGAGCAUCAUCAUCAGAACUGGGCCAGAAUGAAUUGGCUGGGUUAUAGAUUUCAAACGACUAUGUACACAGCGAGCUCGACAUUUGUUUAGGACACACCGAGAGAAUUUAGGGAUAGAAAGAGAGAGAGAAUUUAGGGCUAGAGAUAGUUACGCACUAUGAAAUCCUUCAUUCCUCCUCGUCUUUUAAUUGCAAAAGCAGAGAAAGCUUCUGAAUUUAAAUGGUGUCCAAAAGGAAAAGCACAGAGUAGUUUUAGGGCAGUGAAAUCAUUCUUCAUUCCUCCUGGUCUUCCAAAAGCAAAGGCACAGAAAUCAUCUGAUGUUUUGAAAAUGAUAUUUUGCUUGGCUGUAUUGUCACAAUACACAAGGUGGUUUUGGGUAUGUGCGCAGAGGAGUCCUUCUAGUUGCAGCCAAGCUCACGGGAAGCUAAAGACAAAUAGUGAAUCUGGGAAUUGUCUCAGCUUCAUUACUAGUGGUCUCCUGAGCCAGCAAUCAUCAUACUUGAAGUCCUCCUUCAUUCAUCGUCUUCCAAAAGCCUCUGGCCAAGCUCACAUAAAGCUCAAGAGAAAUUGUGCAUCAGUUCUUUAUGGGAACUUCAUGACUGGUGGCCUCCUGAGCCAGCGACCGUCAUACUUGAAGUCCUCCUUUCCUCGUAGUCUUCAAAUAGCAAAAGCACAUAUAGCAUCUGAGAUUUGGAAGACCUCCUAUUUUCUUGGUUCCCCUAAGCUCUUUGGAUCGGUCAAUCAAUUUUUUCGGACGCUCACCCCCUCGUCUUCCCUACUGCUGACCAAUUCAAGAGGACAUCUACUUUGCGGGAAUCAUUGGACACAAUUCUGCUGCUUGUAUAGUAGUUAUACCAUCUAUGAUCUCUUCUACAUAGACGGGCACCGUGAGAUUUUAUCGCGAAUGAAUCUACUGCUGCGUCAUUUACCUACCAAACCAGUGGAGGGUCAUAAGUAAUUGACUCCCCAUGACUAUAUGAAUUGGGUCUUGGCCAUUAACCAAGAUGCCAGGGCAAUUCACAGUAGCGGUCCCCGUGGUUACCCCAGAGAUUUAAUUUUCAAGUUUCUCAAAGAAAAUGACCGCAUUCGUAUUGUGGAAUAUGCUCCGGUGAGAUACUACCUGAAAUAUGCGGUGAAAAUAAAGUAUUGGAAACCCCCUCCAUUUGGUGUGACCCAUAUAUAUACCGAUGGGUCAUGUUUUAAAAGAAGGGGAGCCUGGUCUGCAGUGGCCCGAAAUUGGUUGGGAGAUAUUAAGUAUAUUAAAAGAAGCCCACUGAAUAGAAUAUCUGGGCCAGAAGUAGCAGAAGCUAUCGGUUUCCUAAAUGGUGUGAAAAUGGGUAGAGCCCUGAAGGUUAAGAAUUUUAAGAUCUAUAAUGACUGCUUGCAAUUGAUUAAUGCUCUGAAGGGUAGUACUAUAAAUAUCGGGCUUUUCGGGACAGAUCCUUACCUUCAAUCCCUAAUCAGGAGAAUUGUAAGAGAAAUUGAUGCUUUAAAGAAAUCUGGCAUAAAAGUCGACUUCGACCAUUGUGGAAGGGAGUUGAAUGAAGUCGCCAAUUAUAUUGCUAUCUCAACAAGGAAGAGGCAGUACAACGAAGAGAUAGCAAAAGCUAUCGCCAAGGACGACCUGACAGUCCCAAGGUUUAAAGUGGAGUAUUAGAUGUAGAGUUUAAGCUUUAACCCUUUAAUGCUAUGUAGAAAAGAAUCAUCUUAUGUAAGUAAAUUGUUAUGGAAUUUGUAGUAGGUUUCACAAUUGUGUUUUUUGGAAAGAAAACUACUUCACCGGAAUUGAGUGCGGGCUAAUGGCUUGCUCACCGGAAUUGAGUGCGCGGGCAAGCUUUGUUAGGCUGCUUGCUAUCUUGGCGAAUGCCAUGCUGUAAUUUUUCUCAAUCUAUACAGCACUUCUUACGACUA